AUGCCUUGUAGUUCGAGCACUGGUGUGACAAUCCUCCGAAGUUGCCUGAAGGAGCUGUGUUCUUAUUUUGAAGUUUGGCAUCUUUGUUACAUUGAAAAUGUAAAGGUGCAGUUACUUUACAGUACCAAUAUCAUUUACAUUGUAAUCUCUUUUCAUAGCAGGCAUACUUUUAUUCUCUCUACUGUGGAGAAAAAACAAAUAUGGAGUACUGUCGAGAAGCACCUCACGGACAACCAAGUGGAGGUAAGAGAACAUGCUGCAGCAGUUUUAGCAGGCCUAAUGAAGGGUGGGGAUGAAAACCUAGCUGAAGACUUCCGUGGUAGGGCUUACAGAGAUGCAAAUGCAAUUCAACCGUGGAGUAAGAGAACAUGCUGCAGCAGUUUUAGCAUGCCUAAUGAAGGAAAUUCAAGUUCUGGUCUGUCCAUAGCUUCCAUACACGGUGCUGUACUUGCUUUGGCAGCUUGUGUUUUAUCUGUUCCAUAUGAUAUGCCCAGUUGGUUGCCUGAGCAUGUUACUUUGCUGGCUCAUUUUGUGGGAGAAUCGUCACCUGCGAAAUCUACGGUUACAAAAGCGGUUGCUGAGUUCCAGAGGACCCACGCAGAUACAUGGAACAUUCAAAAAAAUUCAUUUACUGAAGAUCAACUUGAGGUUCUGGCUGAUACAUCCUCUUCAUCAUCAUAUUUUGCUUGAUCCCUUUUUAAGAGAAGGGAUAUAAUAGGAAUAGGAUUCGACUAAAACAUGAGAAGCUAUAUUGUCCUUGAUUUUAUAUUACGAUCAUUAAUAAAAUG